CGCGUUUGCGCAGAAGCGUCCCGAACUGUCAACUCUCAACGUGUGGAGGUGUUGAGGAAAGGGAGCGGGACAUUGUGGAGUGUUUUUUCUUUUUUAAGGAAAAGAGUGGAAUCGCCCUCGAAAUAUCAACGGGAGGGAUAAAAACCAGUCCGUUUUCACCCGGGGACACAACAGCAGUAUGUGCGCCAAUGGGUGAUUGUCGUCACUCUUUCAAGUUGUAGAUAUAUGAAGUCGUAAAUGUUUCGCGUUCAUGUGCUCAAGUUGAAGUUUGCAUGCAUACAACCAGGGCAGGUAGGAAAAGCGGAGCCGGAAGAACUCGCAAUACUUGUUGCGUUGAGUUUGUCUUUGUUCAUUUCCAAGUGGAUUAUCGUUGACGUUGUCAAAUAAAUGAAGUGACUUUCUAGCUUUGCGUCAGAGUUCAAGAAAUUAUGACGGAUUUGAGGAAAAAGAAGCUUUUCGUCUUGGUGGACGUGCUGUGUGUUGUUGUAGCUUCUCUGCCCUUUGUGAUCAUGAAUAUUGCAUCCCAGCCAUAUGAGCGAGGCAUCUACUGCCAGGACGAGAGCAUUGGUUACCCCAUUAGACCAGAAACCAUCACACAUGUAACACUGGCUGUAGUCACUAUCACCUGCACGGUCAUCAUUAUAUCGUCGGGUGAGGCAUACCUCGUGUACAGUAAAAAAAUUCGCUCCAACUCUACCUUUAAUCAGUACGUGUCAACAAUAUAUAAGGUGCUGGGCACCUUCCUAUUUGGGGGAGCUGUCAGCCAAUCACUGACAGACUUGGCCAAGUACACCAUUGGGCGACCACGCCCACAUUUCUUAGCAGUGUGUGCUCCCAAAGUCUGCAAAGGUUAUAUGGCCACAAUCAACUGCACUGGCGACCCACGUGAUGUCACUGAAGCCAGGUUGUCCUUCUACUCGGGGCACUCCUCCUUUGGGAUGUACUGCAUGCUGUUCUUAGCGUUCUAUGUCCAGGCUAGACUGAAUGAGAAAUGGGCUCGUCUCCUGAGGCCCACCAUCCAGUUUUUCCUGGUGGCCUUUGCCGUGUAUGUAGGUUACACUCGCGUGUCCGAUUAUAAACAUCACUGGAGCGACGUGCUGGUAGGACUCCUCCAAGGGGCACUCAUUGCAAUUCUCACUGUGCGAUACGUGUCGGAUUUCUUCAAGGUCCGUCCUUCACAUCAAUGCUCGAUUCCAGAGAUGGUGGAAAGUGAUGAUGCAGAGCGGAAACCAAGCCUACACUUGGGAGAGUCUGAGCACAAUAACCAUUACAGCUAUUCUGGACCUGUGUGAGAAGAAUGGAGCCAAAUACUCACACUACAUCUCCCACAAACCACUGGACUGACGGCAGGGGGCGGGACAAUACUACACAUGCUCACAAUGCUAAUGUACCACCAGCCUCCUUGAGAAAAAGCUUUGGUGUCUCUUUCUGUCCUUCGCAUGAGAGAGAACUCUAUAAAUAUUUAAUGCAUUUAAUCACAAUGAUUUGCCGAGGACCUCAAGAUAUUGAGGGACUGAAUCUGUUUUAUAAGUCUAAGUUGGUAUAUUGGACCAGAUUUUAUCUGAAGUCGUGUAUGGCAUGUAUAUUCUAUUUCUGAACUGUAAAUCUUACCAAUCUAUAGCUUAAAAUGGCACUUUGCUCUGGAGCUGUCACGUUUAAAUGUGUUUUUGUUCAUGUUUUGUUUUCAUGCAUUUUAUUUUGAAAUUAAUUUACUUCCUGUCCCUGUUUCUGGUCAUGUGUCCUUGUCAUGUGAUUUCCUGUUCCCCUCAUUUGUUCCUUUAAUGUGAGUGUCUGGUUUAAUGUGUCUUAUCUUAUUAUCAGUUCUGUUUUAUUAUUGGUUCCCAUUUAUUAGUCUUAUCAUGUUUAUUAGUUUUGUUUUGUCAUUGGUUGUCUGUCAUGUGGUUACCCAUGUUCAUGUAUUUUAGCCCUCAUGUUUGCCAUGGUCUUUUGUCAAGUUUUGUGUUGGUGUAAUGUUGUGUCAGACUUCAUGCUGUCAAGUCAUUGUUUAUAGUGCAGUUUAUUCAAGUUUAGUUUAUAUUCUGUUUUCACUUUGGACUCACGUCUUUGGAUUUGUAAAUAAACUGCACAUGGGUUCUCACAUCAUCGUCCUCAUCCGUUCCUGUCUUCACCGUGUCCUGCCUGCUCUGUAACAUUACAAUGAUUUUGUGAGAACCCAAGUGCAGUUUAUUUACAAAUCCAAAGUCGUGAGUCCAAAGUGAAAACAGAAUAUACAGUAAACCAGAACAUAAACUAAACUUGAAUAAAUGUCACUAUAAACAAUGACUUGACAGCAUGAAGACUGUCACAACAUUACACCAACACAAUACUUGACAAAAGACAGUGACAAACAUGAGGGUUAAAAUACAUGGACAUGGGUAACCACAUGACAUAGACAACCAGUGACGAGACUAAACUAACGAACAUGAUAGCAAGACUAAUAAACAGGAACCAGUAAUAUAACAGAACUAAUAAGAUAACAAGACACAUGAAACCAGACACUCAGAUGAAAGGAACAAAUGAGGGGAACAGGAAAUCACAUGACAUGACCAGAAACAGGGAUAGGAAGUAAACUAAUUUCAAAAUAAAAGGCAUGAAAACAAAACAAGAACAAAAACACAUUUAAACGUGAUAGAAGCUAAGCUUGCACUUCCAAUAUAAUUUAGAAAUGUCUGAAAUAAUUCAAUGCUGCAUGAGCAAGCUCUAUCCUUUUCAUAGUAGUGUCGUUUGAAUUUUUCCAAUAUUUCGCGCCUUAGUCGUUAGUAAUCUGGCCUUUUUUCCAAACAGGGUGUCGACACUCGAUGUGGACUGCAAAUAAUAGAUAAUGUAAAGAAAUUGUGAUAUUAUUUUGUUCCCCUAUGUUUAAAAUUUAAACGUGAGCUACCACUACAGCAUCUGCAAGCCUGUUAGCCUGUUAUGCUCCAACUGUUUUUUUGUUGUUUUUUUUGCAUUUGAAAAAAAGCUGUCUUUAUUGAACGUUUUCCUUUGUGAAUUGUUGUGUCCCAAAUUCUUAUUAAAUGUUUGUAAGAACA